UCCUCUACUUCUUCCCUAUACUCCGUACUUAACCUCUCUCUACUCAAUACCCCGUACUCUCCAUUGUAUCUAUGUCUGUAUACUACCUCGAUAUUUCAACUGUUUGAUAACCCCAGUGCUCUUUGUUUGUGUCUCAUCUCGUCCUUCGGAAGUCCCGGAGCUGUCUAUCCGACCAAGUACCCUCUCUGUACAUUCGGACACCGCCAUUCGGCCUCGCAGUGCCUCUCUACAUUAUAGUCAAGCUCGAAAGCUUCCCCAGGCAUGGGUCCUCACACGACAAAUACUCCUUCGGACCCUCCUCCCCAGGUCUACCGCGACGAUGAUGUCACCAACCCUCACUCUCACGAUUCCGACGACUCCGAUACGAUCCUCAUAGACGGCUCCGAAGCCUCCGACGAAGAAUACUACCAACAACAAGAACCAUAUUAUGCUCGCAAAUAUAUUCCUCCACGGCUGCUACGAGCCUGGAGAGCUGUCGUGGUCUGGACGAAAGGUCCUCAGCCUCCGAGACCCUGGAAGAUACGCCCAUUCCUGCCUCGCAUCCAAUACGCGCCCAUCCAGUUCCUACAGAAUUAUUUCCCGAAGCGAAAACAUAAGGUCAUACUCUUGAUAUUCUUCUACUUCUGUUGGCUGCUGUCCUUUGGUCUGGUUCUACAUCGUUCAGCUUUCGCUGCCGACGUUCCUGGUUACGGAUCGCCUGUGCGCUUGAGGUGCAACGAUAGAUUUUGGGGUGAUGGAAAUGGAUGCGGGCUGAAUGGGGACCUUUGUCGCCCUUUCAAUAACAUGACCCAACCAUUCCGGUGUCCCGCUAAUUGCAAGCGGGUUGAGGUUGUGAACCCUCAUGCUGUUGGGGAUCAAGAGAUAAACUAUCAGCCGCUGGUUAUCGGAGGGCCGACAGACGAAGAGGAAUCUCUGAAAAAUACAUACUACCGCGGUGAUUCGUUCAUCUGUGGUGCUGCGAUCCAUGCGGGAUUCAUCAAUGACGCAUCUGGUGGCUGUGGAGCACUAUCCAUCAUCGGGGAAAGGGACCAUUAUCCAAGCAUCAACAAGAACCACAUCAAGAGCAUAGCCUUCGACUCCUACUUUCCGAAAUCUUUCACCUUUCUUGAGGGGACUGCUUCUAAGUGCAGAGACCUCCGAUGGCCUUUGCUUGCAGUAUCCCUCACGUUCACCAUCCUCCUAUCUCUCUUCACGACAUCGCCUGCCGUGUUCUUCCCAUCGAUCUUCUUUGGCAUAUUCUUCCAUGUAGCACUCGCCUCUGAUCCGCCAAACCUCACGGACUACUAUGCUAUUGUCAGCAUUGCACUCGGAAGAUUCUUACCGGCGAGCUUCUGCAUGUUUGCUGUCUAUAAAUUCUGCGUCAGACGGCAGUUGUCCGGGCUUCACGCCCAGGUUGAGAAAACCAUACUUUGGCUCGGCGGCUGCUGGGUGGGCGCAUUGAACAACUACACUUUUGAUAAGAUCCCAAUUGAGCGGCUCACACCUCACGAUAUCAAGCAACAACCCGGAGCAAUCCCCGCCCUGAUCAUCAUUGUCCUGAGCCUCUUCAGCAUCGCUCUGGGACAAGCAUGGGCGCUACGCGUCGAAGGACGACUGCCGCGAUAUCUAGCUAUCUAUGGCAUCUUCGUGGCUGUCAUACUAUCCUUGGUGGCCAUUCCCAAGAUGAAUGUUCGAAUCCACCACUACAUCCUCGGCCUCGUGCUGGUGCCCGGUACAUCGAUGCAAACCCGGCCGAGUCUGCUAUUCCAAGGCAUCCUGGUCGGCCUCUUCAUCAACGGGAUCGCACGAUGGGGAUUCGACAGCAUCCUCCAGACACCAGACGAGCUCCGCGGCGACGCACAACUCGGAACGCUCCUCCCCAUCGUCCUCCCUCCCAUCAUCCACAACAACUUCGGCCUUAGCCUCCUCCCGAACAUCACAUUCGAAUGGGAGACGCCUUUCCCGAAGCACUUCGACGGCGUGAGCGUGCUCGUCAACGACGUAGAGCGCUUCCGCGGCUACGAGGCAGAGGCGAAAUCGUUCACGUGGGUCCGCCAUAUGGAGGAUGUCCCUGAGUAUUUCCGCUUCGCGUACCUGCGCGGUAGCGGUAGGGGCGACUACACGAAGGCCGGGGUGUGGCGCAAGGAUGGAGGGUGGACGGAGAUGGAAUCUGGACCGUCGUAGACACCAGAGCCCAGGUCGGAUCCCGAAUUUUGGGUAGAUAGAUUGAUGAAUAUCUAGUGACUACGAUAAGAUGAGAUGGCGAGAAGGGGGAGGGGUUCGCGGGGAACCCUCAUGCAGGGUCCGUAUCAGGUACAGCAGGUAUCCGUCUGAGAGCGAGCAUGGGGACGCAGCGUGCGCUCUAAUCGGGCUUUCGUGCUACAAUGAUACUGAUGGCUUGCCGGACUUGCAUUAUCGAUCGAUUACAACAAACUGCACUUUAUCACACGAAAUAGAAAUGCAUGCAUGCACGCACGCA